GCGUGCCAAAUCCGCAACCUUAAGAAUACAACGAAAUCAUCUCAGCAUCUCCGAAUCUCCAUGAAGAAUCUCUCCACUUGCCCCUCUAUUCCAUUUUUCUUGCUUUCUUGAUGGCUUGAUAUUUAUUCCAUUGUCACCAUCGAAUUUCGUCGCCCGUCUUCGCCCUCUAACUUCCGUAUUGCUCCUGAUUUAUAUCAGCUCAGCGGUUUAAUCUUUUCUCCUACCUCCCAACCAUUCAUUUAGGCUUUUAAACAUUGGAUUUGACCCCUUUGUAAUUGUAAUUCUCGCCCCCAAAGUAUUCUUUCUCUGGGCAAUUUAUCCAGUAUAAGUACACACUUGUAUGCAUAUCUCAACCUGAAUUAGGAUCCUAAUCGGCCUUCUUUCUGAAUUGAUUCUUCAAUUUGAGGUGCGUCUUUCAUUUAUUUAUUAAAUCCAGAAAAUGGGCAAGGAUCAAAGGGAUUUUGCAGAGACAAAAGUUGGGGGAGGAUCAUGUGACAACGAUCAAAGGGUUUACAAUUGUUCAAAGGAAGGGAAAGGGAAGAGAUUGUGGAAGAAGGUGAAGUACCAGCUGGUAGAGUACCACUCGUUGCCUGGCUAUUUAAAGGACAAUGAGUACAUUCUUGGUCAUUACCGGUCUGGAUGGCCUCUCAAGCAUAUACUGCUAAGCAUUUUUACCAUUCAUAAUGAGACCCUCAAUGUCUGGACGCACUUGAUAGGUUUCUUUCUCUUCCUUUCCCUCACCAUUUAUACAGCAAUGAAGGUCCCAAGCGUUGUGGAACUUCCUACUUUACAACAUCUCCCUGAUGUUUUGAAGAAAGCUGAUCUUCAGAAAUUGCAAGAAGAAUUUUUGACUUGCCUUCCUUCCUUGCCACACAUGCCUGAUUUGCAAAAAUUUCGAGACGAGUUGAAGACCUCAUUGCUUUCCAUGGAUUUGUUGCCAUCCCCAUCUACUUGGCAUGUUGUAGAGCUCCUCACCAAUUGUUUGCCUGAGCGAUUCUUGCAUAGCAACCAUACUGAUGCCUGCGUUCUGCGUGGCAUGAAGGAAGAUGUGGCUAACAUGAUAGCACCGUUACUGGUGAGACCGAUUACACGCUGGCCAUUCUUUGCUUUCAUGGGUGGUGCUAUGUUUUGCUUGCUGGCAAGCAGCACCUGCCAUUUGCUCUCAUGCCACUCAGAGCGUUUAUCAUACAUCAUGCUCAGGCUUGAUUAUGCGGGGAUUGCUGCUCUAAUCUCGACCUCCUUCUAUCCUCCUGUUUACUAUUCCUUCAUGUGCUAUCCAUUCUUUUGCAACUUGUACCUGGGAUUCAUUACUAUUCUGGGAAUUGGUACCAUAUUGGUUUCCCUUCUACCAGUAUUCCAAACUCCAGAAUAUCGUACUAUGCGGGCAUCCCUCUUCUUUGUGAUGGGGUUGUCAGGUGCGGCGCCAAUUCUGCAUAAGCUAAUUCUAUUUUGGAACCAGCCUGAGGCACUUCAUACAACUGGGUAUGAACUUCUAAUGGGAGCUUUUUAUGGUAUUGGAGCACUGGUCUACGCCAUGAGAGUUCCUGAAAGAUGGAUGCCUGGAAAGUUUGAUAUUGCUGGGCACAGUCACCAACUCUUCCAUGUGCUUGUAGUUGCAGGGGCUUAUACCCAUUACCGUGCAGGGCUAGUUUAUCUAAGGUGGCGGGACCUGCAGGGUUGCUGAACUUCUUGUGAUUAAAUGGCUAUCUGUUGAUGUUGUACUAGGAUUUUAAAAAUUACUGUGGACUAGUUUUGGUGUGUCUUAGAGUCAAAGUUGGAAGUAAAAGUCUGCUGCCCAGUAUGUCUGUAGAUCUGUACCUUUCGUUUUUGUUAUUGCAGUGAAUAACUAAAAAGUAUCAAUUGGGAGUAAUAUUCAACUUUAGAUUU